UAAUCUAUAACGUUCUACGCAGUGUCCGACGAAGCAUCUCGUUUAUCUGUUGUUCUGCUACAUCACGAUGGAUUUAUCAAUGCUUUCGUCGCCUUUUGCGCUACUGUUGAGUACUCUAAUCGUCCUUGGCGUUGUGAAACUUGUCACUCUGGUGAAACACACAUAUUUUUACUGGAAAAGUAAGGGCUUACCUUACUUGCCAAAAUCGAUAUCAACUCUUGGAACAGAUUUAAAAUUGUUUUUGGGCCAUAUCACUUUUACCGAUUAUUGCUUAUAUUUAUACAACUACUAUCCAGAUGCCAAAUAUGUUGGAAUAGUGGAUUUUUUCAAGCCUGCCCUGCUUGUGCGCGAUCCCGAACUGAUUAAAACUAUCGUGGUGAAAGAUUUCGAACAUUUUCCGGAUCAUCGCAGCUUCGUUGACGAAGACGUGGAACCGUUGUUUGGCAAGAACAUCUUUUCUUUGCGCGGCGAUCGUUGGAAGGAAAUGAGGAAUACACUAAGCCCCUCUUUCACAGCCAGCAAGAUGAAGUUCAUGUUCGAUUUACUAUCGAAAUGUUCUCACGAUUUCGUCAACUAUUUAAUCGACCACCACGACCAAUAUCACGAAAUCGAAACGAAGGAAGCCUUUAGACGAUACACCACCGACGUAAUUGCUACAGCAGCCUUUGGCAUAAGUGUGAAUUCUAUGAAAGAUCGAAACAACGAAUUCUUUAUAAGAGGAGUGGAGGCUACCAAAUUUCCUACAGGAGUAGGAGCAUUGGCCAGAUUCUUCAUUUUACGCUAUCUUCCAUGGAUUGCUAAAGUAUUUGGUGUGGGUUUCUUUCCGCCGGCUACAACCAAGUUUUUCAGGAAGGUCAUAAAGGAAACAAUUAAAACGCGACAAGAACAAGGUAUCGUCAGACCGGAUAUGAUCCAUUUGCUAAUGCAGUCUUUGGAUAAGGAAGGUGACCCAAAACACAGUGCACACAAACUGUCAAUAGACGACGUCGUUUCGCAAGCUUUUAUCUUUUUCUUUGCGGGCUUCGACACCGCUUCAACUCUGAUGUGUUUCGUCGCUCACGAACUGGCGGUUAAUCAAGACGUUCAGGAUCGUCUGCGCAAGGAGGUACUGCAGUAUCUUGCCGAAGGAAACGAUGAGAUUUCUUACGAGUCGCUAACGAAGAUGACUUAUAUGGACAUGGUGACUUCUGAGGCUCUUAGAAAAUAUCCACCGACGGUUUUCCUUGAUAGACUUUGCGCUAAGAGAUACGAGCUGCCUCCAUCGCAACCAGGUGGCAAGUCUGUGAUCGUUGAACCUGACGAUGCGUUGCUGUUUCCUGCUUAUGCUAUGCAACGCGAUCCGAAAUAUUUUCCGAAUCCGGAUAAAUUCGAUCCCGAGAGAUUUAGCGAGGAGAACAAAGACAAUAUAUUAUCAUGCUCUUAUCUGCCAUUCGGCCAUGGUCCCAGAAAGUGUAUCGGCAAUCGAUUUGCACUUAUGGAAACUAAGAUUCUGAUCGCUCAUCUUUUACAAAAGUUUAAUUUGAAAACUACGGAUAAGACCGUCGAACCAGUUGUAUUCACUAAAAAUGAAUUUUCGUUGAAACCUGUUGGAGGAUUUUGGAUUCGCUUGGAAAAGAGAGAAACAUAAAAAUCUUGUACUAGAUAUAUUAUUCUAAAAUAUAUGUAGGUUUUCCGAAAAAUACUAAAUUUUUAAAAUUUUACGCUUUCAAAUAUAAUUGAAAUAAGAUGAGAUUUAGUUGCAAUGCAUUUUACAUUAUCAUGCGAAGCAUAUGCUCAAGUAGAAUGCUAAAAUUAAGUUUUUAUUAAUGAAAAAUAAAAGAAAUUAUAUAUUACGAUAAACAUUAUACUUGCUUUUGAGCCUACUCGAUCUUAUUGAUCGUUUUAACGGUUUAUAUAAUUUCCACAGAUUAUCUAAAGUAGAUAUGAUAACGUUAAUAUCUUAUAUAAAAUCGAAAAUAUAUUUAACGCGCAAACAUCUAUCGAACAUUUUUAAUUUUGAAUUAAAUUUCAUGUUUUUUUUAUUAGUACAGAUUAUAUUUACUAAUUUAGAUUUCCUUGUAAUUUGUUGUAAAAUUAAGCAAGCAUUAAACAAGGAUAUAAAUUAAGUAU